GUAAUUGGUCAAUUCUGGUCGUCCCUUGGCCUCGGUCAUAGGGAGCAGGCUAUACGAUAAAGAAGGAACAGCAGUUUUCCCUUCAUCAAGCCUAAGGUCUGACUAGCACUAGUACCGUUGGAGACAGUAGCGUUUGAUCACGCGGAAGCAAUUCGCGUCGACAUUAUCAUGAUAUCGCCAUAUGCGCGCUUCGAGUCCCUUUAGUGCUUUGAUCACUUUGGCUGAUGCGCUCUCGAACAAUCUCGGCGCUGUGACUGCGAUUUUUUCGUACCGCUUGCUCUUGCCACGGCAUUGUUGGAAUUCUGAAUACAUGCUCUUGAUAGGAAGCGGUUCUGGAAAAUGGACGUCCAACACGCUGUACUUGCGCAUUUGCCCAUGGUCAACUGCCAGUGUACACAGCCUCUCUCUCCCGGAAUCGCCACGACAAGUAGACGUUGAUGAAUGACGCAAAAUAUACACCAGAUCAGUCGUUUACUCUUCGCUAUGAAUAC